UGUGAUAGUCUUAUCAUUCUCGUGUGAUCCGCCUGGUGCUCGUCGCGCUCGUCGUAUCUAACCGGGAUUUUAAAAUUAUAAUAAUAAUAAUAAUAUUAUAAUUACCAUUAAUACAUCAAUACCUACCUUUUGGUUUGAAUUUUUUUUUCACUUCACCCGACUGCCGAUGGUAGAAAUGAAACGACGGAAUACGAUAGAACCGAUUAAUUGACUUCACCACACGGUAAUUCGGACGUGAACAUCGAACAUGAAGGCUCAUAACCUGCACAGCACUGCGGACGUGCAUUCGACGGAUGAAUCAGUUUUCGAUCCGUGUCCGUCGUUUUUGGGCAUUUGCGUUSCACAUACAUUCAGCGCACACGUCGUGAACAAAUGGUUGACAAAAUGACCGAAAUAUUCAAUUCUGGAAUGGCGAUUGACGUGGUGCGGACCCUGCGGCAGAGAAUUAUCGCCGUGUGCCGGAAGUUGGGCAUCAGCGUGUGUUUGCGCACUGUCGUGUUGAUAUUUUGCUUGACGUUCUUCUGGGUGCAGAUGCACAUGUCUGAGGUGGCCGACAACGAGACGAUACAGAUACUGGCCAAACCAGACGGACUGCUGGACGCUAAUGAUUCAAUGUUGCAACUGGUCCCACAGGUCAGUAAUUACUCGGGUCCGAUUUUAUUUUUGGAAGACGACCAUUACGUCGCAGAAGAUUUCAUAUACAUGCUAAAGUUGAUGGAAAAAUCGUGUAGCGUAGCGUGCCCACAGUGCAGUAUGUUGUCGUUAGGGACAUACUUGAAAACGUAUAAUUUUUACGGAGAAGCAAAGAAGGAUAUUUUAAGGGUAAUACGUCGACAGCAAAUAUUUGCUGCAGAAUUAACACCGCCGUCUUGGAGUUUUAAAAUAGUUCCUUCGUUUUCACAUUAUGAUAAGGCCGAAAUUUCACAAUGGAUUAGCAGCAAGCAUAAUAUGGGUAUGGCGUACAAUCGAACUGUUUGGAAACAAUUUGUCGAUUGUGCAGAUACAUUCUGCAAGUAUGAUGAUUACAACUGGGACUGGAGUCUUCAAAGUGUAUCCAACAAUUGUCUUAGCCAUGAAUUUAAAGUGUUUGUUCUCAAAGCUCCUAGAGUAUUUCACAUUGGUGAAUGUGGUGUUCAUCAUAAAAAAAGUUGUUUCGAUAUGGCACUCAUUGCYAAAGUUCAAAAACUGCUUAGUUCUGUGUACAAAUAUUUAUUUCCGGUAAAAUUAGAAGUGACCUAUGCUCCAAUCAAAAAAAAAGUACUGCGCAAAGGAAAUGGUGGAUGGGGUGAUGUACGUGAUCAUGAAUUAUGUUUGCGAAUGGUAAACCGCCAAUGGUGACAUUUGGCAAUUAGUAUUUAAUAUUUAUAAUAUUAAAGAAAUAGGUCAAGUUCCUAUGUAACAUGGGAGUAUAGACCUCCUAAACGCAUAGACAUAAUACUAAAUAUUGCAAUAGAUAUUGUUGUCUAUGCUUGAACCAAGUCUUAUUUUAUUUUAUUGUUUU